UCAUAUCUCACUUAGACAGUUAUACUAGAGAGUUCUAUUUCCAUAAUUGAAUUGCGAAUUAUCCAAAGAAUCUUUAUAAAUAGGGAACUAUUCUUUUGAUUCCAAGUAAUCCAUCGGUCUUUCACGUCAACUUUCGUUUUUCUCCCUCUCAGUGAAAAUUGCAUCUAAAGAGACAGAAUGCAAGGACCUGGGGGUGGCAGGGAUCCUUUCUUCGAUUUUGGUGGUUUUGGAGGCUUUGGUUCCUUUGGACCUCCCAGGAGUUUAAUCUCAAGCUUUUUUGGGGGUAGGGACCCAUUUAGUGACCCUUUCUUCGCCCAACCUUUUGGAGGGAUGUUUGAGUCUAGUCCCUUUGGUGGUCCUACUGGAUUUCCUUUCCCCACUGGUAUGAAUCCAUCUGGGUUCCUUGAGCAUCCAGCCCCGGGUUUGGAUCCAUCUGGGUUCCUUGAGCAUCCGGGUAUGCAUCCAUCUGGGUUCCUUGCACGGCAAAAUCCUGAGCCUAGUAGACAAAGGAGGGGACCAAUCAUUCAGGAAUUGGACUCUGAUGAAGAAAAUGAUGACACCGCGGAGAAGAAAGAAAAUCCGAGAAAGCAUGGUAGGUCAGAUGGUGAACCCUCUGUUGAACAUCCAGAUGAUGAAAUUGAAGGGAAGAAGAUCAGACAGGCUGGAAAUGAGAGCAGAAUCAAUAUAAUUGGGCCUCAGCCUCAAUCUCACAGUUUCUGCUUCCAGAGCUCAACCGUCAGCUAUGGUGGCCCAAAUGGAUUGUAUUAUACUUCCUCAAGGACAAGGAGGAGUGGAAGUGACGGAGUGACAUUUGAAGAGAGGAAGGAGGCUGAUAGUUCCACAAUGCAAGCUUCUCACCUAAUUUCUAGAGGCAUUCAUGGGAAGGGACAUUCACUCUCAAGAAAUCUGAAUUCAGAUGGUAGGGUGGAUACUAGGCAGACGCUGCUCAAUAUUAAUGAAGAUGAGCUUGCUGGCUUUGAAGAACAAUGGAAGGAAAAGGGUCAAAAGUAUUUGCCUGGAUGGACUGCGAGUGUUGAAGCUAGCGGUAGUAAUGGACAAGCUGAGCAGGCCAGGAGUGGAGGUUGGGCACUCCCUUCUUCGGAGUAUAGUCAUACCGUGGGAACAAUAUCUGAAGCUAGAGAUGAAGUUGGUUCUUCUCGCUCACAGGAGAGGGUACUUAGGACAAAUUCAAGUGGUAGGAAUGCAUACCGUCCAGGAGUAGGGCGUCGCCGACACUAAGGCCCUGAUGUUUCUGAAAUACCCGACUCCCAAUUAACCAUCCAUCCACACAUUAUAUUGGCGGUGGUUUGCUUCUUUGAAAAGACUGAACAAUAUUUGUGUGUAAAACGGUUGACCGAACUGGAUCGAAAUGAACUGAUCCAAAAAAAAAUCAAACUGUUUUGGGAAAAAUUAAACCGAACUAUUUUUCAAAAAACAGUUCUGUUCGAAUCAAAUCAUAUAAUUCGAUUCGGUUUGAUUUUUUGAAGAAGACAUUUUUUGCCCA